AAUCAAAAUUAUUCUUCUUUUGUGUUAAACAUAUUAAAAAAAUAAAAGACUAAAAUUGUUAUUCAUUUGUGUUCAAAAACCUUUCGGUUCCCGUCUUGAAGGUUUCAGUCUUCUUCAUCUUCUUCUCUCCUCUUCCUAUCCUCUCUCUCUGUCUCUCUCUGCUCCUCGAUCUCUCUCAUCUGUCUCUGCUUCGCACACAAGACGCCAUCUGCGCUCUUUGUGAAAGGACCCUUUCCUUUCCCUCCGGUGACGAUUCUGAUGCUCCAGCUUCUUCCCUCUGCAAAUUCUGCCACCCGCACCCUGCUUCUGCCUCCUCUGCCUCCAAAAGACUCUUCCGAAUCCUAGUAUCUUCUUCUUUUUUUUUUCCUCUUCAAAGUUCUGUUUUUUCUGUGACCCUUUGUGUUGUUUACACCAAAUAGUAUUGAAUUUUGUUGUGGGGGUGCUUUGUUUUGCAGAUGUCGGUUGCGACAGAAACAAAGGUAUUCAGUGUCAUAUGCUUCGAUAGAGUUGCCAGGGUUCUGUUCGGUUGUUCUGUAGAUGACUUCUUUCACUUUGCAAAGCUCCACCCUUUUGUGGUGUGACUGUAAAUGAGAUUCUGGAGGGAGAGAUGUUCACUAUGACUCUAACCAAGCUCCUCAAUGGCAAUACUAGACAUCUAAAGCUUGCAUCGGCUGUUCCUUUAACUUACUGCUUUCACCCCCUUUUUUACCAUACCAAUGUCUUCUACUGUUUAUUAUUUGGCCUGAGCUACCUAGCAUAUCUUAGUAAAACUAUAAAAUGUUCAUGAACUAGAACAUAAUCUGUUACUUCUCAUAUGAGUGUAAUAUGAUACUCAUUGCAUUUAUUUUGAGAAUAUUCUUGGUCACUGAGAUAGGAUAUAGCCACUACUAGUUUUUUUGUCCAUGUUACUUGUAGUUUCAGGUUCAUGUUGAUAUUGUCUAUUUUCUCUUAUCAUAUUUUGUUUUUCAUGAUAUUAGUUCUCUGUUAAUGUUUGAUUCAAAUAGAAAUUGAUUUUCUGCUGUUAGGAGUUCUUAUUAGUUUUGCACUUCCUUCUUUAAGCAUAAAGCUUCGGAUUAAACUUUCAAGAUAGAAAUGAGUGAAUUGAUCAAAUAUUUACCUCUUCAGCCGCCUUCCUGUCAUGCAGGGUAUCACACUGAUAAUUACAGUUUUUCAGAUUGUACGAAUACCGAAUCUCAAAGUUGGAACUAUUCUUCUCAGCUGCGCCUUCCUAUACGACAUCUUUGGGUGUUCGUUUCUAAACGGUGGUUCCAUGAGAGCGUCAUGAUAGUGGUAGCUCGAGGUGAUAAGAGUAGAGAAGAUGGUAUCCCAAUGCUGCUAAAGAUACCACGUUUGUUCGAUCAUUGGGGUGGUUACAACAUCAUUGGUUUUGGGGACAUUAUCUUACCAGGGCUUCUAGUAGCAUUUUCACUAAGGUAUGAUUGGUUGGCAAAGAAGAGCCUUUGCGCUGGGUACUUCUUGUGGGCAAUGACUGCCUAUGGCUUAGGCUCAAUCCCAUCAUCAUCCAAAUCUCCAUCAUCAAAGUCAAUCUUAGGAGAAAAGGUGCCAUCCUCUUCGUACAGUAAAUUUGAUGUCUCGCCAAUUAUAUUUCCAUCAGAACUUUGGUCACCGGUAUCAUGCCCAUUUAACUCUUAUUACAAGGAAAAAGGCAAUAACCACUGAGAGCUUGGAUAAUCCAAAUUCCAAAUGAAGGGGGUAGAAGAUUACCACAAAAAGGGUGGAGCUUUGCAAAGUGAAAGAAGUCAUCUGCAGAACAACCGAACAGAACCUUGACAACUCUAUUGAAGCAUAUGACACCGAAUACCUUUGUUUCUGUCGCAACCAACAUCUGCAAAACAAAGCACCCACACAACAAAAUUCAAUACUAUUUGGUGUAAACAACACAAAGGGUCACAGAAAAAACAGAACUUUGAAGAGGGAAAAAAAAAGAAGAAGAUACUAGGAUUCGGAAGAGUCUUUUGGAGGCAGAGGAGGCAGAAGCAGGGUGCGGGUGGCAGAAUUUGCAGAGGGAAGAAGCUGGGGCAUCAGAAUCGUCACCGGAGGGAAAGGAAAGAGUUCUUUCACAAAGAGCGCAGAUGGCGUCGCGUGCGACGCAGAGACAGAUGAGAGAGAUCGAGGAGCAGAGAGAGACAGAGAGAGAGAGAGAGGAUAGGAAGAGGAGAGAAGAAGAUGAAGAAGACUGAAACCUUCAAGGCGUGCGUGAACCAAAAGGUUUUUGAACCAGGUGAAGAAUAAUUUUGGUCUUUUGUUUUUUUAAUAUGUUUAACAUAGAUGAAGAA